UGUUCCAGCCUCCUGUUAACAGACUUAGACUCUGGUAUAAACUCUUUUCUUCACCGAGACGCAGAAGGACUUUCAAUAAGAGCCAGCAUCUUCAUCAGCACCAAACAUCAGAGCGAGGAUGUUCUGCCGUCAGAGCUACUCCCUGGUUUUGCUGCUCCUCCACCUGGUCACUGCUGCUGCUGCUGCUGCUGCUGCUGCUGCUGCUCAUGUCUUUAUGGAUGACGCAGCUGCCAAUGAGGUAUUGAACAGGCGAAGACGAGCUAACAGUUUCUUUGAGGAAGUGAAACAAGGAAACAUGGAGAGAGAAUGUAUGGAGGAGCGCUGCAGCUUCGAAGAAGCACGGGAGAUCUUCGAAAACAAAGAGAAAACGGAUGAAUUCUGGAAUGUAUAUUUUGAUGGCGACGCCUGCAUAUCCAAUCCCUGCGCACACGGCGGACAGUGUAAAGAUGGGAUCGGAAGCUACCUCUGCUUCUGUCCCGCCGGUUUCCAAGGCUACAACUGUGAGAUCGUCAUUCCUGAGCUGUGUGAGUCCAAAAAUGGAGGCUGCGAACAUUUUUGUAACGUGGUCCAAGAAAACAUCCGUUGUUCCUGUGCUGAUGGUUACUUUCUGACAGCAGACGAUAAAUCCUGUCUAUCCAACCAAACUUUCAAGUGUGGCCAGAUUGUCGCCAAAAAAACACGGACGAUCUUCAGAUAUGAGCGGAAGAACGUAACAGCUGAAAAUACGACAGACGCUAAUAGUACAGGCCUGGACUCCAACUUCACUGAGAUGCCCUCUACUGGAAACAUCGCUCAUCUGGGGAUUGAUCCAAGAGACAUUGUAGAAGAAGAAGAGAUAAACGCUGAGAUGGCUAGUAUGACGAGAAUUGUCAAUGGAGAAAACUGUCCACCAGGAGAAUGUCCCUGGCAGGCUCUGCUCCUGAAUGAGGACGAUAUCGGUUUCUGUGGAGGGACCAUCCUCAAUGAGUACAUUAUCCUAACUGCUGCCCACUGUAUGAACCAAUCCCGUUACAUCUACAUUAAACUGGGAGAGUUUGACACCCUGGUGGUCGACGGUAACGAGGCGACCCACAGCAUAGAAGCUAUAGUCACACACGUCAGGUACAAACCAGAGACAUACCACAACGACAUCGCGCUCAUCAAACACACAGCGAUAAGGUGCAGCAGGUUCGUCCGGCCGGCGUGUUUACCAGAGCAGGACUUUGCAGAAAAGUUGUUGAUGCGGCAGCCAGUUGGGUUGGUCAGUGGUUUCGGCCGCCUUGGUGAGGGUCAACAGGCGUCCACCAUCCUCCAGCGCCUGGCCUUGCCCUACGUGGACCGGCAGGACUGCUUGGACUCGACUCAGUUCCGAAUCUCGCAGCGUAUGUUCUGCGCUGGUUACCACACCGCUCCCAAGGACGCCUGCCAGGGUGACAGCGGUGGCCCGCAUGUCACCCUCUACCGUGACACCUAUUUUGUCACUGGCAUUGUGAGCUGGGGGGAAGGCUGUGCUCGGAAAGGAAAGUACGGGGUCUACACCCAGGUGUCCAAGUACAUCCAUUGGAUCAAAGAUGGGAUAAAUACGCUGAUGACCAAAGGAGGCCGAGCCAAGCGGCACCAUGGCACCAUCAAGAGGCUCGUUCUGUGAUUUGAAAAAAAAAAAAAAAAGAUUUCACUUCAAAUUCCAGGAUAAACUUAAAGGGCUGUCAUUUUUGUCCUAAAUUCAAAAAGGUUUGAUGGUUUUAUACUUUUGGGAGACGUGUUUUAGUAAGUAAACCUUUGACUUGUGGCUAAUUUCCAACAUGAAAACAUGAUAACUGAAUGUUUUGAUUCCCAAACAAAUGAUUUUGAAAAUACAGUGUUUGACGUAAACGUCUCCAAAGUUGAAGUUGAAUCGCGGAGACAGUGACAGCCCCUGGUCCUCAUCUGAUGUUUAGACCUUCUCCAAGUUUGACACUUUUUCAUCCUUUCAUGAAACAUUUGACUUGAACUAAAUCCUGUUAUUCUUCAGUCUCCGAUGUACAACCUGUUUGAUUUGAUAUCUUCACAAUCCAUAUUAUUUAACAGUCAGUAAAAAGAAUAUGUCUAACAAAUUCUCUUGAGACUUAUUUCUUAAUUUCAAGGGGAAUAAAAAGUUGUAAAAUGUG